AUGCUGGGCGCCACGAACUUUGUGGAGCACUAUUCGGAGUUCCAUGCCACGCACGCCCAGCACGACCUGGUGAAAUCCGCCAUGUACGCCGGCUCCAUCCUCGGGAUGAUCGUCAUGGGUCCCUUAAGUGACCUCAUUGGCCGCCGCAACGGACUGAUUUUGUGUUCGCUGAUCACUUUGACUGGUGCCCUGCUGAGCACCUUCGCCUGGUGUGAAAACGCACUCAUCGCGGCACGAAUCAUCACGGGCAUCGGCAUGGGCGGAGAGUAUCCUUUGGCAUCUUCCCACAGCGCGGAGUCCUCCAGUACCGCUGAUGGUGCAAGGAAUGUGGCACUGCUCUACCUCUUUGGUUCUGGUGGUGGGCAGGCGUUGUGCCCUUUGGUGACGUACUUGAUGGAUAUCGCUGGAGUGCCAGAUCACUUGUUGUGGCGCUGCAUCUUUGCCAUAGGCAGUGCGUUGUCCGUCUUGGGCCUGCUUUUGCGCAUUGUGGCCACACAAGACAGCCCCAAGUUCAAACAGAGUCGAGCCAGCCACAGUCACCAGUCGACCGCAUCGUUGCUGCGGCCAUACUGGAGGCCACUUUUGGGUACUGCCGGUGGUUGGUUUCUCUAUGACAUUGUGGAGUAUGGCUUGAAGCAGAACGACGCUGCCAUUUUCGAUGCGGGCCACGACGGAGCCUACAGCGACAGUGUGCUGAGCGUCUUUUUCACUCGGCUCCUGGUAAUACCCUCACUGAUCGUUGCACCUUGGCUGCUCACCAUGACCAGCAGCCGCCGAGUGCAGUGUGCAGGUUUCCUGGGCUGCGCCUUGUGCAACCUCGCCUUGGCCGUGGGAUACGGAACUUUGAAGGAGAUGACGGUUCUCUUCUUCGCCCUCUACAUCAUUCAACUUUCCUUCCAGAGCUUGCCGGGGGUGACUACCAUGGCCAUCAGCGCGGAGAUCUUCCCCAGCAUGGUGCGUGGCACCGGCGCGGGCAUCUCAGCGGCCUUCGGCAAGCUUGGUGCCACCAUCGGCUCCUACGCCUUCUCGGAGAUGAAGAACUUGGGCCUGAUCGCCACGAUUUUCUGGGUGGUGGUGAUCACCUCCAUCCUGGCUUUGCUGUUGACCCUAUACGCCAUUCCACUCUACAAUGGUCUCUCCCUGGAUGCCGCGGACGCCUUGGCGCGCGAGGGAAAGCUGCAAGACGCGGUCCAGGUGCUCUAUGCGCCGCCGGAGGAGGCGACCAAGGUAUACGUGCCACGGCGAACGGAGACGGAGAACGGGCGCCAACCAGACUGCAUGUUGGCGUCUGAGGUCUUGUAUUGGUCACGCUCGGGUGGACACUGGGUGCCGGGCACUGUCCUGGGGCACAACAUCCAGUCCUUCGGUGCCAAAGGGCAUUGGAGUUAUGAGUUGGAUGUUCAGCCACAGGCCGCGCCCUCGCUGGUGGUGCAGGAUUGGACUGCGAAGUUCAAAAGCUCAGGUCAGCAGGGUUACCCACAGCCGCGGAUUAUGCCCAGCGCCCUGUGCAUGACGCCAAGCCCAUGGCCGAUGUCACGCCAUGCCUCAACGCCGUGCUUGUUCCCGGCACCCAAGCCGAAGCCGGUGGCGGAGCUGCAUGUCACGACGCGCCUCCCGCGGCACAGCGACGGCGGACCCGAGUCGCCGGUGCGAGGCUCCCUGGUGAGGACGCCCUCAGCUGCGGGCACACCCAUCUCAGCCCGCUCACCGGCCGGAUCGCCCAUGUUGAGCUUCCGCCAGGUGCGGCUCUCGCAAACUCCUGACCUUCGAGAACCCCGCGAGCUACAGUCACCAUCCGUCACCCAACGCACCGUCGCCUCGAAGGUGCUCUCGAUGACCUCGUUGCCCCCCACCGUGGUGCCCCCGAUGCCCACCUCGCUCGCCGCGCCGGCCGCGUCGCCGGCGGUGCCGCUGUGGCCCACGGCGGCCACUGUGGCGGCGCCCGUGGGAGAGCGGGCGCGGCCUCGGGAGCUGCGGGAGGCGAGCCCACACUUGGGUGCUCGACUUCCAGACCCUGGCCGCGAGGCUGCGCCACCUGCACCGCCUGCGCCGUCGACUGCUGCGCCGUCGACACCUGCUGGGCCGGUCAUUGUAGCGGUGCCCUCCUCGAAGCUAUUGCGCCCCGUGGGGAAUCGUGCCACGGUGCCAGUGGCUGGAUGCUGCACGCCCAAGGAACCGCCUCUCUUCAGCCGCUCUGUGCGCGCCGCGCCCGGCCCAGCGUCCGAGACGCGCGGCCCGGCCAGCGCGGCCGCGGUGGCCGCGUCGCCCACGGCGCCGCUGCUGACGCCGGCGCCGCCGCGGGUGGCGCCGCCGCAAUCGCCGCCACGGACGUUGCCGCGGGCCCGUGUGCAGGUGAUGCCGCCCCCGACGCCACCCCGGGAGCACCGGGUGGUCUGGUCAGGAGGGCCCUUCUCUCAGCGGCCUCCCUCGGUGCUGCGGAGUUCCGGGGCCUCGGAGGAGAACUUGCGAAGCUCCUUGGGGGUGCUGAGCCCAAAGGGUCCCCCAGUUCCGACCGGGGCUCAGACAGCAUCGGCCCAGUCGCUGUUAAUUUCCACGGCCCGGACGUCUUCGCCUUCCAGGCGCUCGCCACCGCGGCUCAUGCCGAAUGCCCGGGCCCAGCUCCACACGCAGCCUGCCAUGUCGGUGGCCACGCCGGCCAUGUCCUGUGCCACGCCCGCGGGGCCGGGGCCGCGCUCGCCGUUGAGCUUUGAGCCACGCUUUCAGUUGAGGACUGCUCGUCCUCACUUGCAUCAAUGGGGGCUGCCACCGGACAUGUGGGGGAUCCAUUUCGACCAGCUAGUGGAUCUGGAGCAGAACGUUCGAUUCCAACGAGGUUGGACCACCCGAGAGGUGGUGGCUGAGAUCAUUUGGCCAGAGACAGCAGGGAAAGGCAUAGGUGCAGAAGCAGUUGCUCGGCUUCAUGCUGUGAGCAAGCAGUCCUGGGCGGAGCUGUCCGAGGAUCUUUUGACGGAUAGCGAGCCAGGAGCUUGGGAGUCCGAGCGCUACACCGACUCCAUGGAAUCCCCGCAGGCCUCACCAAUGCAAUCUCCAGUGGUGGCCAAGAGUGAGCAUGGACACCAGGGAAUCAACGGAGCAACGAAUGGCGAUUUUGUUUGCCCAACUCCCAGCUACAGCAUCGCGUUCCCAGUGAUUGACAUCGCCGGCCUUCCAAAAGCACUUUGCAACAACGUUUGCGUGGAGGCAAUGCUUCAGCAGGCAGGCUUGACCCAUGGAGUGACUGGCUUCAUGACCGAUGAAACCAGCACCAUUCGAGUGAUGUUGGCCAACUGGCCCGCCGCCAUGCAUUGCAUGGAUCAUUUUAAAAAGAGCAGCUGGGCUGGCGGAUCCCUUCAAAUCAAUUGGGGCCUCGCCAUUCCCCAGGCUGCACAGGAGAUGGCCUACGGGCAGAUGAACUCCCAGCAGAACUACUUGGGCACACCAAUCAACCAAUAUGAGUGUGAGAAGACCGACCCUGUGAUGGAAGAAAUUCGACUUUGGGUUUGCUCCGUCCUGGCGUCCUGGCAGUUCAUCUUUCACGCGACCAUCAACACGCGGGUUUUUCAUCUCUGCUGGGUUGUCCAGCUCCAGGGAAAGCUCACCACAGACAGCUACGCCUUGUGGCGGAACGCCAAAACGCCCUUGCAAGUUGCUGUGAUGGUCUCCCAUGCCUGGGACGAUGCUUUCGUGGAUUUGCUCCUCACACUGUCGGUCGUGCCUCAACAAGGGCCCUUGUGGGUGGCCUCGACCGCCUUGUACCAGUCCGAGGAAAGCAUCAUGCAAGUCCUCAAUGAGCCCUUUGAGCUGAUGAAUCAGGUCCUGCGGGGAAGAUCCCUGCUCUGCGUCCUUUCCACCGUGGACGUCUAUGAGCGCUUGUGGUGCCUCUUGGAGAUGUCCUGUGCGGUGGACUUGGGUGUGGAGGUGAACACCAGCCGAAAGCCGAAGGGUCGGGGUGCCUGGGCCCUGGACGAAGCCUUCUUGACCGCCUGUGGCAAGCCCGUGGACUGGGGGACGUGGCGGGGCAUCGGCCGGGGUGGGGCCGAAGAGACCUCCGGAGGUCUGGACCGAUGGCACCGAUCCGAGGAGCAACUGCUUGGCGGGGGAUGGAGUACGACCGGCAUCGGCAAGCAGUACUCGGAUGUGCCUCGGACCGCCUCGGAAGACGCCAUGUAA